AUGGAUCUUGCUCCAUAUAUCGCUUCAGAGUUCGGUAUCUCCGAUGUCGUACUGUUGCCAAAGCUCGAAGGGGACAUGAGUGAAAUCGAAGGACGAAUUGACCAUCACGCAUUUGAACGAAUUCUCGAAGAGGACGUCGCCGCUGGCCGUACUCCAUUAGUAGUAAUAGCCGUUGUUGGGUCAACAAUUCUUGGUCAAAACGAUAUGGUAUCGAAAUUACUUGAAACACGAAAAAAGCACCGUUUCUGGUUGCAUACAGUUGGUCAGGCAGUGGCAGCUUUGACACUUCGCGAGCCGACAGAAGUCUUGGUGCACGUCCUUACUCAAGUGGACAGCGUUACCCUCCCUCUUGCUCUUUGGUUAGGCGUUCCAGCAGCACCUGUUGUAACCUUAUACAGGACCGUAGAAGGUCAUAAGCCGUCUUAUCGCGAGAAAUUGGAUAUAUUACCAUGGUGGGUGGUUACGCAAACUCUGACCAGCAAAGGAAUCUCCGACAUUAUUGAAAAUGCUUACUUACUUUGCAAAGUCAUGCUGAAAGGCCUCUCAUCAUUUCCUCAGAUUGAAAUUGUCGGAAUGGAAAAUGCAGCCGAUUUCGUUACUAGGGUCUAUAAAAAUCAAUACACUGCUCCAACAGUACUUAUUUUCAAGUACCGUUAUAAUGCUGCAAAGGAAGCAGCUAAGGCUCUCCGCGAAUUAACCCAAAAGCCGGACACUGAAGUGACCAAAGAAGCUAUUGCUGAAGCUGAAAAGCAUUUCCGUGAUGAAUCGGAGUACGGGGAUUCGUUGAACUCUUGGCUUGGCCAAGGUGUUGUCGGGGAAUGCCAGUCGCUGGGAAUUCAUAUGAUCGAACUUGGAGGCGCCUAUGGAACUGCGUUCCGUUUUUGCCCUCUGGAACACGCAGCAGCUCUUUCAUCGCACGUUGAUCAUGUACAGCAGUUCAUAAGGCUUCUCGGUGGCGUACUAAAAAUCGUUGACUCAACGGUGGCUGCCAGAGAGAACUUUGAGAGACUGAAAAGCGAAUAUCCUUCAUUGGUCGUCGUUCCAGUUCACAAGUGGGCCGGGGUUGGAGCUGUUUGCUAUGUGCCUUCCAUUAUCAACAACAAGUCGUCUUCUGAAUGGGACGACAAGGAGAAACAGCAGAUUUCACAUAUGAACUUGGAACUCGUCCAUCAGUUGCGAUCUGUCGACUCGGCAUUCUCAGCUGGAGAAAGCUCAACCCGUGGUUUAGCAUGUGUAAAAUUCGGAAUGUUGUCUGAUGCAAAAGACCUGGCUGAUCUGUUGAAAAUGGUCGCUGACAAAGGAGCUGAAAUUGAAACCAAUCAACAGUAUCUGGACAGCUUAGCAGAAUUAAUUCGUCAAGGAAUAGAAGCGGCUAACGAGGACCUCAAGAAGGAAAAUGAUCUUCGCCUCCAGCAAGAGGGAGUAAUCCGACAACUACCAAUAAUGGGCUCGUUAGUGAACUGGUGGUCUCCGAUCGAAAAAGAUGGACGUGUUCGUGGACGAUUUUUCAAUUUGAAUACCGGUGAAAUUCAAACAACUGAUGUCAUCUAUAAGCACAAGAAGGAUUCUAUCGCUACAAGUCAUGGUGGAAAUAAGAAUUCGACAGCAGUUGCGAAUGGCGAGAAAGAAACGAAAGCGAUCGUAGCAGACGCUGAAAAAACACCGAUGCCGAAACCUACUGUUGAGCAACCUACAUCCAUCGAGGAGAAAUAG